AUGAGUGGCACGGGUGAAUCAAGAUCUGAAUUAUUAGCAUGGUUAAAUAACCUAUUACAAUUAAAUAUCCAAAGAAUAGAAGAAUGUGGCACAGGUGCUGCCUAUUGUCAGAUUAUGGAUUCCAUAUACUUAGAUAUUCCAAUGCAUAGAGUUAGAUUUGAUGUCUCACAAGAGUAUGAUUAUUAUCCAAAUUAUAAAAUUCUACAAAGUUGUUUUGCGAGACAUAAAAUUGAAAAAAUAGUGUACGUGGAAAAAUUAGUCAAAUGUAGAUUUCAAGAUAAUUUAGAAUUUUUGCAAUGGAUCAAAAAAUAUUGGAUGCAACAUAAAGAUUCUAACCCAUAUGAUCCAUUACAAAGAAGAAGAUCAACUAGACAAGUUAGCAAUGGAAAUGUGAAUAGUAGAGAACAAACUCCAAAUGUUGGAAAUUCACUAAACAUUGCCAAGAGAAGACCUCAAAUGGGACAAAUUAAUUCAAAUAAUGUGACUACCAUGGGUAGUUACAACAAUUAUAGUAAUAAUAAUAACUUAUCAUCAACAACAAGCAAAACUACAAGUAGAGCAAGUAUGAUAUCUACAUUUCCAAAUAAAAGGGUGUCUAGCGAAAAAUUAGUUAGUUUACAAAAUGAUUUAAAUUAUGCAAAAGAAAAAAUUACAAACUUAAACAAUGAAAUUGAUCAAUAUAAAGAGACUACCAAUAUUUUGGAGAGAGAACGUGAAUUUUAUUUUGGAAAGUUAAGAGAUAUUGAAAUACUAGUGCAAUCUACACAGGAUCUAAUCAAUGAGGGGUUAUAUAAAAAUAGUGGUACAGACGAAUUAACAAAAUUUUUAAAUAGGGUUCAACAGAUACUCUAUGCCACCGAAGAAGCUGAAACAGAGUAUGACAAUGAUCCUAAUACCAUGAAUCCGAAUAAUGAUAUUGUCAAUAACCACUUGAAUGAUACGAAUAAAAAUACAGUAUCAAAUCAUAAUCUUAACAUCAAUAGUAUAACACAUAAUAAUGACGAUGAAAAUAUUAUUAAUCACCAAAUAAUCCAUAAUGAGACCCAAUUUCAAGAUGGUAGAAAUAUCAAUCACGAGGCAUCGCCAAUUGCAGGAACCUCACAAACUACUGUUAACAACCUCAAUGGUAAUUCAAUAGAUAACAUUAAUAAUAAUUUGAUCAUCGAUGAAGAAACAUUUUAA